GCGCCGGGGCCGCCAGACGUGCCGGCGGUCACAGGGCUCCGCACGUCGCUCCCGUCCACCCACUCGCCCGCAUUUAACCCGGCCCGCGGCCGCCCGCCGCUCCUCAGCCCGCGCGGCGCGGGCGCGGCAUGAGCAGCAGCGGCCCCGGCACCGGCACCGGCCCCGGCACCGGCCCCGGCACCGGCAGCGCCCGCAGCCCCUGAGCGCCCGCACCGCCCGCGCCCCCCGCCAUGGAGCGCAUCCCCAGCGCGCAGCCCCCGCCCGGCUGCCUGGGCAAGCUGCCCGCCCUGGAGAGCGGAGACCUGCCCGGGCUGGACUUCGCGCACAUGUACCAGGUGUACAAGCCCCGGAGGGGCUUAAAGAGGAGCGAGGACAACAAGGAGACCUACAAGCUGCCGCACCGGCUGAUCGAGAAGAAGAGGCGCGACAGGAUCAACGAGUGCAUCGCGCAGCUGAAGGACCUGCUGCCCGAGCACCUCAAGCUCACGACUCUAGGUCACCUGGAGAAGGCUGUGGUUCUGGAGCUCACCCUGAAGCACGUGAAGGCACUGACCAACCUCAUCGAGCAGCAGCAGCAGAAGAUCAUCGCUUUGCAGAGCGGCUUGCAGGCGGGUGACCUGUCAUCGAGAAACCUCGAUUCCAGCCAGGAAAUGUUUCGAUCCGGUUUCCAGAUGUGCGCCAAGGAAAUGCUGCAAUACCUGGCCAAGCACGAGAACGGCAAGGAGCUGAAGUCGUCGCAGCUGGUCAGCCACCUGCACCGCAUGGCCAGCGAGGUGCUGCAGGGCGGGGCGGCCCGCAAGGCCGGGGACGUCCCUCCCAAAAUGCUGGACUUGAAGGAGAAGCCGGCGCCCCUGGGCGCGGCGGGCGAGGGCCACGGGAAGAACUGCGUGCCCGUGAUCCAGCGGACAUUCGCUCACUCCAGCGGGGAGCAGAGCGGCAGCGACACGGACACGGACAGCGGGUACGGGGGAGAGCUGGAGAAAAGCGACUCCAAACCGGAACAGCCCUAUUUCAAAAAGGAUACCGACCUCAAGUACGCUGUCCAGGAGAGAAUAAGCUCUAUUAAGCAAGAGACUGAGGACCCGCCGGCCAAAAGGAGCAGGCUGGAGUCGCCGCAGGACGAGGGCCCUUUCGGCAGCGACGUGAUGGGCCCUGCCGGCGGCUUCCUGGGCCCCCACGCUCACCAGCCUCCCCUGUGCCUGCCUUUCUACCUGAUCCCGCCGUCCGCCACCGCCUACCUGCCCAUGCUGGAGAAGUGCUGGUACCCGGCCUCGGUUCCCGUGCUGUACCCCAGCCUGCCGGCCUCUGCCGCGGCCCUGACGGGCUUCAUGAACCCCGACAAAAUCUCCCCCCCUCUGCUGAUGCCCCAGAGACUCCCUUCUCCUGUACCGGCCCAUUCCCCCAUCGACUCCUCGGCUCUGCUUCAAGCUUUGAAGCAGAUUCCUCCUUUGAACUUGGAAACCAAAGACUGAGCGCAGUGUGACUGGUUUUUCUCUUUUUUUUCCUUUUUUUGGUUUUUUUUUUUUUUUUUUAGUUUGAGAGACUGUUUCACUUUUAUAUAUUGGCUGGACUGAGGUGUGGGGACGAGGUUCACUGUGCGUAGGAAGCUAAAUCCCCUUUUCUCUGACUUGUCAGGUAGCUUGGAGAAGGAUGAAGGAUGCGCCCAGGUUAGCCAUUGACAACUACUUCCAAAAGAUUAAAGAAGGAUUUUGUGCUUGGCCCCUUCCCUUCUUCCCUCUCCACGUCUACAGAGCGACAGUUGACUCAGUCAGCUGCGAACCUAUUGCAAAGCUGUGAAGAAAUAUUCCAUUGGGCAGACCCGCUUUGAGGGUCUGCAAACAAAAUAAGUGAAUACAAACCAU